GCGAGCACGGGGCGGAGGGGCGGCCAACUGCUUCACACUUUCAACACUGCACGGAAGAGGGAGAGCGAGGCAGCCUGGAGACACACGCGUCCCCCCAAGAUCUCCCCAGGCGAAAGUCCCACAGAUUACAAGACAGAACCCUCCAAAUCGAAACGGAGGAAACGGACAGCCAUUGAACAUGGACGAAGGAAUCCCUCAUUUGCAAGAGAGACAGUUACUGGAACAUAGGGAUUUUAUAGGACUGGAUUAUUCUGCUCUGUAUAUGUGUAAACCCAAAAGGAGCUUGAAGCGAGACGACACCAAGGAUACCUACAAAUUACCGCACAGAUUAAUAGAAAAAAAGAGAAGAGACCGAAUUAAUGAGUGCAUUGCUCAGCUGAAAGAUAUGCUGCCUGAACAUCUGAAAUUGACCACCCUGGGACAUCUGGAGAAAGCUGUAGUUUUGGAAUUAACUUUGAAGCACUUAAAAGCAUUAACAGCCUUAACGGAGCAGCAGCAUCAGAAGAUAAUUGCUUUACAGAACGGGGAGCGCUCUCUGAAAUCGCCGGUCCAGGCCGACUUGGAUGCGUUCCAUUCGGGAUUUCAAACCUGCGCCAAAGAAGUCUUGCAAUACCUCGCGCGCUUUGAGAGCUGGACGCCUAGGGAGCCGCGCUGCGCACAGCUCGUCAGCCACCUGCAUGCCGUGGCCACCCAGCUCCUAACGCCACAGGUGCCCCCGGGCAGGGUCACGGGCCGCGCGCCCUGUAGCACGGGGGCUGCGGCUGCCCCCGGUCCCGAGCGCGCCGCCCGCUGCGUGCCGGUCAUCCAGCGGACUCAGCCCGGCACCGAGCCCGAGCACGACACGGACACCGACAGCGGCUACGGAGGCGAGGCGGAGCAGGGCCGCGCCACCGUCAAGCAGGAGCCGCCCGGGGACCCGUCGCCCGCGCCCAAGAGGCCGAAGCUGGAGGCGCGCGGCGCGCUCCUGGGCCCGGAGCCCGCGCUGCUCGGCUCGCUCGUGGCGCUGGGCGGGGGCGCGCCCUUCGCGCAGCCCGCCGCCGCGCCCUUCUGCCUGCCCUUCUACCUGCUGUCGCCGUCCGCCGCCGCCUACGUGCAGCCCUGGCUGGACAAGAGCGGCCUGGACAAGUAUCUGUACCCCGCGGCGGCCGCGCCCUUCCCGCUGCUGUAUCCUGGCAUCCCCGCCGCCGCCGCCGCCGCAGCCGCCUUCCCCUGCCUCUCGUCCGUGCUGUCGCCGCCUCCCGAAAAGGCAAGCGCGGCCGCCGGCGCCCCCCUCCCGGCGCACGAAGUGGCGCCCCCGGGCCCGCUGCGCCCCCAGCACGCGCAUAGCCGCACCCACCUGCCGCGCGCUGGGAACCCGGAGAGCUCUCAGGAAGAUGCCUCGCAGCCCGCCAAGGACGCCCCCUGAGCCCCGCGGCCCUUCUGGAACAGGGCUAGGGGCCUCCCGAGGAGUCGCCAGGUUUCCGAGUUCAAAUGCCCCCUAACGCGUGCCAGGGAGGAAGAGUAAGAGAUGCUCCGCAGGCUUAGGACAAAAACAGGUGUUUUGUGUACGCUUGGAGUUCCUGUUUUGCCCGUUUCUCGCCCGUUUGCCACCCCACCCCUCACCCCCGCCGCCACA